GUGUGUGGGGACCAGGUGUGUGGGGUCCAGGUGAGUGGGGACCAGGUGAGUGGGGACCAGGUGUGUGGGGACCAGGUGAGUGGGGACCAGGGGAGUGGGGACCAGGUGUGUGGGGACCUGGUGAGUGGGGACCAGGUGAGUGGGGACCAGGUGUGUGGGGACCAGGUGAGUGGGGACCAGGGGAGUGGGGACCAGGUGUGUGGGGACCUGGUGAGUGGGGACCAGGUGAGUGGGGACCAGGUGUGUGGGGACCAGGUGAGUGGGGACCAGGGGAGUGGGGACCAGGUGUGUGGGGACCUGGUGAGUGGGGACCAGGGGAGUGGGGACCAGGUGUGUGGGGACCUGGUGAGUGGGGACCAGGUGAGUGGGGACCAGGUGAGUGGGGACCAGGUGUGUGGGGACCAGGUGGUCUAGAGGACAUGUAUAAAUUACUGCACAUGAUGACAACCACCCUGGGAAUGGGAGGGACGCAGAGAGGAGAGGAGAGGAGAGGAGAGGAGAGGAGAGGAGAGGAGAGGAGAGGAGAGGAGAGGAGAGGAGAGAAAUACAGGAGAUAGAGGAGAGACAGAGGGGAGGAGAGGAAGAAGAGGGAGGAUGAAGAGGAAAACAGCUGUGAAGGUGAGCUCUUUAGGAGAACAGUAAUGCCUUCACACAUUAGACUGAACUAUAGGUUGCGUGCUGACACACACACACACACACACAUACACACACACCCACACACACACACACACACACACACACACACACACACACACACUGCAAAAUAACCCACUCUCUCAGGGUGGGGUUGGCUUAACGAUCAAUUUUCCGUUUAACAAUCAACCGUCAUGCUUCCCACAUAGUGAAGCGCUUAGAGACAGAACUGCUGAUGAACUGAAUAAAAGGGAUUUCACAGUGCCCCUUUAAUGGUUUUAAUAUACCCUGUCGCUAUUCAGAAGAUGACAUUUGCUAAAAAAUCUCAAUGUCACACCAUUCACAGUUGUAUAAUGUCAACUGGGGUGAACACCAUGCCCCUGGCUCUGUAAUGGCACUGUCUGAUCUAGCGUUCUGAUCACACACACACACACACACACACACACACACACACACACACACACACACACACACACACACACACACACACACACACACACACACACACACACACACACACACACACACACACACACACACACACACACACACACACACACACCCACUGCGGCAGCAUCACAUAAAAUACAACAUUAGGGCAGGGGCCAUUUUCUUUACAGCCUCCUGGCACUGACACUUACGGUUAGCUAGAUUGGCACAGAGAUCAGGGUUGGGCUGUGUGUGGUGGAGGAGGGGGUGGCUGGGCCUGGUCAGGACAGUGUGUGUACAGCAGUGUCUGUGUGUGUGUGUGUGUGUGUGUGUGUGUGGCUUGUAAUUCUCUCCCUCUGUAUGUUUUACCCUUUACAGACAGACUUUACAGUAUGUUGCCUGUAAACAAAAUAAAAAAAAUAGGCAGUUUUAUGAACUAAAUUUAUACAGUCCCAUUUUCACCAGGUUCUUGCCGGUGAUAAGCCGUUUAUAUCUCCAGUGGAAACAAUGCUGGAAUGUUUAGGACUGGGAGUAGAUGUGGGCUGAUGUGGGUGGACGUCUAUUUUAAUAAAUCCGUUGAACGUACACCAUCACAAAGAAAUCCAUCAUUCAUUAGUGUAGGCAGGUCCUAAGAAACAUCAUAAGACUAACAACAUGUAUUUUCAAAAUAAUAGAACGGCAUAUUUAGAGUUCAAGUUACUGGUCGAUUGAAUCAAAAUGUUUGUUCAUUUUGUUCAUUAAACAGACAAGACACACUUAGCCUACCCUGAUCACGGUCAACACACAUAUAUUGCAUAGUAGGCUAAGAAUAUAAUUAAAUCUAACAGAAUAAAAUAAAAUACAAUAUUUUUCCCACACAACUUGCGUCACGGCAAUGUGUGGAACCGCUGUCAUAUAAAAAUAUAUAUAUUUUGAAACGACGCCGAAGCCCAUGCUUUUUUUGAUCUGCGUUUCAUGUCUUUCCUACCUUCACCCUGCUUUGUUAGGGAGCAGGCGUAGGGUCUUACAUCGGAGUAUCUUUAUCAAUAGAAAAUAAAUAAUAAAUAAUCAUAUUAAUUAAUAGCAAUCUCUAUUAUCAAAAGCAUGCAAGUCUCUCCUGCCCCUGUCCCCUCUCCUGCCCCUGUCCCCUCUCCUGCCCCUGUCCCCUCUCCUGCCCCUGUCCCCUCUCCUGCCCCUGUCCCCUCUCCUGCCCCUGUCCCCUCUCCUGCCCCUGUCCCCUCUCCUGCCCCUGUCCUCUCCUGCCCCCCUGUCCCCCUCUCCUGCCCCUUUCCCAUCUCCUGCCCUGUCCCCCUCUCCUGCCCCUGUCCCCUCUCCUGUGCCCCUGUCCCCUCUCCUCCCCUGUCCCCUCUUCCUGCCCCCUUGUUCCCCUCUCCUGCCCCUGUCCCCUCUCCUGCCCCUUUCCCAUCUCCUUGCCCCUGUCCCCUGUCCCCUCUCCUGCCCCUUGUCCCCUCUCCUGCCCCUGUCCCCUCUCCCUGUCCCCCUGUCCCUCUCCUCUGCCCCUGUCCCCUCUCCUGCCCCUGUCCCCUCUUCCUGCCCCUGUCCCCUCUCCUGCCCCUGUCCCUCUCCUGCCCCUGUCCCCUCUCCUGCCCCUGUCCCCUCUCCUGCCCCUGUCCCUCUCCUGCCCCUGUCCCCCUCCUGCCCUGUCCCCUCUCCUGCCCCUGUCCCCUCUCCUGCCCCUGUCCCCUCUCCUGCCCUGUCCCCUCUGCUGCCCUUCUGCCCCUGUCCCCUCUCCUGACCCUGUCCCCUCUCCUGCCCCUGUCCCCUCUCCUGCCCCUGUCCCUCUCCUGCCCCUGUCCCCUCUCCUGCCCCUGUCCCCUCUCCUGCCCCUGUCCCCUUCUGACCCUGUCCCCUCUCCUGCCCCUGUCCCCUCUCCUGCCCCUGUCCCCCCUGCCCUUCCCCUCUCUGCCCCUGUCCCUUCUCCUGCCCCUGUCCCCUCUCCUGCCCCUGUCCCUUCUCCUGCCCCUUUCCCCUCUGGUAGAUGAGAUGAGGGGACCAGUCUGGGCUUGAUUCUAAUCCCUGGUUUGCAUUCUGUUACCCAGGAAUAGAGAUUAUUCUCCAAAGAUUUAAUCUGCAGUGACGCGCUCCCCUCUCUCCAAAUAGACACACACACACACACACACACACACACACACACACACACACACACACACACACACAAAGACACACACACAAAGACACACACAUAUCUGAUAAAUGAACUGUAAUUUAAUUUCAGGUGGACAGUGCUGACAGUAAAAUCUGAUAGGGAGAGGAGGAGGAGGGAGGAGGGGAGGAGAGUGCUGGCUACAGUACAUAGGACAUACAGAGAGAGGGAGGGAGGGUGAGUGGAGAGCUGGGAAACUAAAACAGUACAGAAAUACACUGAGAAAAAAAAGAAGGAAAACAGCUCAUUGUGAUUGAAGACUCCAUAGACUCUAAUCACUUCUGGGAAAAUUGGAACACACUAAACAAACAACAACACGAAGCGCUAUCUAUCCAAAAUGGAGAUGAAUAGAUAAACCACUUCUCCAAUCUUUUCAGACACAUAACAAAGAACCAAGAGCAAAAACAUAUCACAUAUUUAUUUCCUCAGGGCCGGGGGGUGAGACAGGGAUGCAGUUUAAGCCCCACCCUCUUCAACAUUUAUAUUAAUGAAUUGGCGAGGGCACUAGAACAGUCUGCAGCAUCCGGCCUCACCCUACUAGAAUCUGAAAUCAAAUGUCUACUGUUUGCUGAUGAUCUGGUGCUUCUGUCCCCAACCAAGGAGAGCCUACAAAAGCACCUAGAUAUUCUGGACAGAUUCUGUCUGACAGACAAAAAUAAUGGUUUCCAAAAAAGGUCCAGAUGCCAGGACCACAAAUAUAAAUUCUACCUAGACAAUGUUGCCCUAGAGCAGACAAAGAAUUACACAUACCUCGGCCUAAACAUCAGCGCCACAGGUAACUUCCACAAAGCUGUGAACGAUCUGAGAGACAAGGCAAGAAGGGCCUUCUAUGCCAUCAAAAGGAACAUAAAACUCAACAUCCCAAUCAGGAUUUGGCUAAUAAUACUCCAAUCAGUUAUAGAACCCAUUGCCCUCUAUGGUUGUGAGAUCUGGGGUCCACUCAACAACCAAGAAUUCACAAAAUGGGACAAACACCCAAUUGACACUGCAUGCAGAAUUCUGCAAAAAAAAUCCUCAGAGUACAACGCAAAACCACAAGUAAUGCAUGCAGAGCAGAAUUAGUCCUAUACCCACUAAUUACCAAAAUCCAGAAAAGAGCCGUUAAAUUCCACAACAACCUAAAGGAAAGCGGUGCCCAAUCAAUCAAUCAAAUGUGUUUAUUAAGCCCUUUUUACAUCAGCAGAUGUCAUAAAGUGCUUAUACAGAAUCCCAGCCUAAAACCCCAAGCAAUGCAGAUGUAGAAACACGGUGGCUAGGAAAAUCUCCCUAGAAAGGCAGGAGCCUAGGAAGAAACCUAGUGAGUAACCAGGCUCUGAGGGGUGGCCAGUCCUAUUCUGGCUGUGCCGGGUGGAGAUUAUAACAGUACAUGGCCAUUAAGACCAGAUCGUUCUUCAAGAUGUUCAAACGUUCAUAGAUGACCAGCAGCACGACAAGGUAGCACGUCCGGUGAACAGGUCAGGGUUCCAUAGCCACAUCAAAAACAACAGAAACUGGAGCAGCAGCAAGACCAGGUGGACUGGAGACAGCCAGGAGUCAUCAGGCCAGGUAGUCCUGAGGCAUGGUCCUAGGGCUCAGGUCCUCCGGGAAGGGAGGGAGAGAGAUAAGAGAGCGAGAGAGAGAGAGAGAGAGGAGAGAGAGAGAGAGAGAGAGAGAGAGGAGAGAGAGAGAGAGAGAGCGAGAGAGACGAGAGGAGAGAGAGAGAGAGAGAGAGAGAGAGAGAGGGGAGAAAUAGAGGGAGAAUACUUAAGUUCAGACAGGACACCAGAUAAGACAGGAGAAUUACACCAUUUAGGACAGACUGAGCCUAGCCCCCGGCACAUAGACUAUUGCAGCAUAGAUACUGGAGGCUGAGACGGGGGGUCGGGGGACACUGUGGCCCUGUCCAACUCAAGGACAGAAAUACAUCAAUUAGGACAGAACUACAUCAAUUGAUACAGGGCCAACCAGGCAGGACAUAUAUUUUUUUAUUUUUUUAUUUAACCUUUAUUUAACCAGGUAAGCCAGUUGAGAACAAGUUCUCAUUUAAAACUGCGACCUGUCCAAGAUAAAGCAAAGCAGUGUGAUAAAAACAACAACACAGAGUUACAUAUGGGGUACAACAAAACAUAAAGUCAAAAAUUCAACAGGAAAUAUAUAUACAGUGUGUGCAAAUGUAGCAAGUUAUGGAGGUAAGGCAAUAAAUAGGCCAUAGUGCAAAAUAAUUACAAUUAGUAUUAACACUGGAAUGAUAGAUGUACAAGAGAUGAUGUGCAAAUAGAGAUACUGGGGUGCAAAUGAACAAAAUAAAUAACAAUAUGGGGAUGAGGUAGUUGGGUGGGCUAAUUUCAGAAGGGCUGUGUACAGGUGCAGUGAUCAGUAAGGUGCUCUGACAACUGAUGCUUAAAGUUAAUGAGGGAGAUAAGAGUCUCCAGCUUCAGAGAUUUUUGCAAUUCGUUCCAGUCAUUGGCAGCAGAGAACUGGAAGGAAUGGCGGCCAAAGGAGGUGUUGGCUUUGGGGAUGACAAGUGAGAUAUACCUGCUGGAGCGCAUACUACGGGUGGGUGUUGCUAUGGUGACCAAUGUACUAAGAUAAGGCGGGGAUUUGCCUAGCAGUGAUUUAUCGAUGGCCUGGAGCCAGUGGGUUUGGCGACGAAUAUGUAGUGAGGACCAGCCAACAAGAGCGUACAGGUCACAGUGGUGGGUAGUAUAUGGGGCUUUGGUGACAAAAAAGAUGGCACUGUGAUAAACUACAUCCAAUUUGCUAAGUAGAGUGUUGGAGGCUAUUUUGUAAAUGACAUCGCCGAAGUCAAGGAUCGGUAGGAUAGUCAGUUUUAUGAGGGCAUGUUUGGCAGCAUGAGUGAAGGAGGCUUUGUUGCGAAAUAGGAAGCCGAUUCUAGAUUUGGACUUUGGAUUGGAGAUGCUUAAUGUGAGUCUGGAAGGAGAGUUUACAGUCUAACCAGACACCUAGGUAUUUGUAGUUGUCCACAUACUCUAGGUCAGACCCGUCGAGAGUAGUGAUUCUAGUCGGGUGGGCGGGUGCCAGCAGCGUUCGAUUGAAGAGCAUGCAUUUAGUUUUACUAGUGUUUAAGAGCAGUUGGAGGCUACUGAAGGAGUGUUGUGUGGGAUUGAAGCUCGUUUGGAGGUUUGUUAACACAGUGUCCAAUGAAGGGCCAGAUGUAUACAAAAUGGUGUCGUCUGCGUAGAGGUGGAUCUGAGAGUCACCAGCAGCAAGAGCGACAUCAUUGAUAUACACGGAGAAAAGAGUCGGCCCAAGAAUUGAACCGUGUGGCACCCCCAUAGAGACUGCCAUAGGUCCAGACAACAGGCCCUCCGAUUUGACACAUUGAACUCUAUCUGAGAAGUAGUUGGUGAACCAGGCGAGGCAGUCAUUUGAGAAACCAAGGCUAUUAUAACCCAACCGACUUGACCAAAACACAGCCCCCACACCACUAGAGUGAUAUCAAAAGGCCACCAACUUACUACCCUGAGACAAGUCUGAGUAUAGCCCACCAAGAUCUCCUCCAAACCAAACCUUCCAUCACAAACCCCUAACAUGCAAGGAGAUUAACCUAGAGAAGAGCUCUGCCAGCUGGUUCUGGGGCUCUGUUCACAAAUACAAACAGACCCCACAGAGCCCCAGCACAACAACAACAACAACACAAUUAGACCCAACCAAAUCAUGAGAAAACAAAACGAGAACUACUUUACAUAUUGGAAAGAAUAAACCAAAAAACUGAGAAAAUUGGAAUGCUACCUUGCCCUAAACAGAGUACACAGUGGCAGAAUACCCGACCACUGACUGACCCAAAACAAAUCCUCGACUAUGUACUGACUCAGUGACUCAAUAGCCUUGCUAUUGAGAGAGGUCGCCAUAUGUAGAAGAAAGAAGACAGGAUAUGCGGCCACUGCCCACAAAAUGAGGUGGAAACCCACUGCAUUUUUUAACUUCCUGCCAAAUGUAUGACCAUAUAAGUGACACAUACAGUGCCUUGCAAAAGUAUUUAACCCCCUUGGCGGUUUUCCUAUUUUGUUGCAUUACAACCUGUAAUUUAAAUGGAUUUUUAUUUGGAUUUCAUGUAAUGGACAUACACAAAAUAGUCCAAAUUGGUGAAGUGAAAUGAAAACAAUUACUUGUUUCAGAAAAUUAUAAAAAAUAAAUAACGGAAAAGUGGUGCAUGCAUAUGUAUUAACCCCUUUUGCUAUGAAGCACCUAAAAAAGAUCUGGUGCAACCAAUUACCUUCAGAAGUCACAUAAUUAGUUAAAUACAGUCUAAGUGUCACAUGAUCUGUCACAUGAUCUCAGUAUAUAUACAACUGUUCUGAAAGACCCCAGUCUACCACACCACUAAGCAAGGGGCACCACCAAGCAAACGGCACCAUGAAGACCAAGGAGUGGACAAAAUUGUGGAGAAGUACCGUGGUCCUCUGUAGCUCAAUUGGUAGAGCAUGGCGCUUGUAACGCCAGGGUAGUGGGUUCCAUCCCUGGGACCACCCAUACGUAAAAAUGUAUGCACACAUGACUGUAAGUCGCUUUGGAUAAAAGCGUGUAAAUCAAAUGAUACAAACCCCCCCAAACUCAAUUUUAAUUCCAGGUUGUAAGGCAACAAAAUAGGAAAAAUAACAAGGGGGGUGAAUACUUUCGCAAGCCACUGUAUUUCCCUCAAAUUAGCUUUUAGUGAUAGGUCUAAUGCUUUAAUAUUUAAUAGUUUCUGUCCUCUGAAUUCAUAUUCAUUAUAUAAAUAGGCCCGUUUAAUUUGGUCUGGCUUGCCAUUCCAAAUAAAUUUGAAUAUUUUUUACUCAUAUAAUUUCAAAAACUGUUCGCUAGGCGUCGGCAAGACCAUAAGCAAAUAGGUAAACUGGGAUAAUACUAAAGAGUUAAUCAGGGUGAUUUUUCCACAAAUUGACAGGUAUUUACCUUUCCAUUGUAGCAAGAUCUUAUCUAUUUUUGCUAACUUUCUAUUAAAAUGUAAUGAAGUGAGAUCAUUUAUUUCCUUUGGGAUAUGUAUUCCGAUUAUAUCCACAUCACCAUCAGACCAUUUUAUUGGUAAACUACAUCGUAAUGUAAAAAUUGAAUUUUUUAGUGAUCCCAAUACAUAAUAUAGUACAUUUAACAUAAUUUGGUUGUAAUCUUUACAAUUUGCUUCAGUUAGAGGAGAUGGAGGCGACUGAAACGAAAACAUAUGCUGUACUUUGUUUCCUCCUUCAAAAUAUCAUUUGUAGGACUUAAAGAUUGUAAUUGCAUCAAGAAGUUCCUCCUCUGUAAUUUUGCCUUCACACGUGUCUUUCUGUACAGCUGUUAAUUUUUACUUUAUUAAUAGAAAAUAAAUCCAUACAAUUAGCUUUUGGUUAGAGGAGAUGGAGGAGGCUGAAAUGAAAACAUAUGCUUAAAGUACUCUUUGCUUCCACUUUAAAAAUAUUGUUUGGUGAAUCAUGGGUGACUCCGUCAUUUGUAACCAGUUUCAAUAAAAUAUUUUUGGUAGCAUUCCUAUGUUGAAGAUUAAAAAAGUAUCUGGUGCAUUUUUCCCCAUAUUCCAUCCAGUUUGCUUUAUUUUAAUAAUAUAUUACACUUGAUCUUUCUUGAAUAAGUUUCUCCAUUUCUUUUUGUUUUUCCUCUAAUUUAUUCUGUGCCUCUAUGUUACAGUUUUUAUUGCCAUCUAUCUGUUCUGUUAGACCUUCUAUUUCCUUUCUUAAUAUAAACUCUUUUGACCUAAAUUGCUUUUGUUUUCGAGAUGAGUACUGAAUUGCAUGGCCUCUAAAGGCACAUUUAAAUGUGUCCAAUACAAUAAGGGGAUUUGCUGUACCUAUGUUAUGUCGGAAAAAAUCAGUUAUAAAUUCCUCUGUCCUAGUUAAAAACAAGUUAUCAUCCAAUAGGCUUUGAUAAAAUGUCCAAUAUCCUCGCCCACUUGGAAAUUCAGUAAGAGUAAUGUAUAUGCCAAUUAUAUGAUGGUUCGACCGCAUUCUGUCCCCUAUCAACACUUUUUAAACUUUUGGUGCCAACGAGAAUGACAUAAGAAAGAAGUCAAGACGACUAGCUUGAUUCAGUCUCCGCCAUGUAUAUCUCACUAGAUCAGGAUAUGUAAGCCUCCAUAUAUCUACUAGUUCUAAUGUAUCCAUGACAUUCACAAUUUCCUUAAGAGCAUGAGGGUGAUUGUUUGUAGUGUGAUUUCCUUUACGGUCCAUUGAGCUAUUUAAAACGGUAAUUUAAUCUCCCACCAUUAUAAUAGAGUCUUGAAUUGCUUUCAGAGUUGAUAAUGUAUUAUAUAUAUUGUCAAAGAAGUGUGGAUCAUCAUUAUGUGGUCCGUAAAGGUUAAUGAGCCAUAUCUGUUUAUGGUCCAUCUACCUUGUGUAUCUGUUUGGACAAUUUUCACAUUUGGAUCGAAAUUACUGUUAAUUAAUAUCAUCACCCCUAUUGAGUUUCUUUGCCCAUGGGAGAAGUAUAUUUCGCCCCCCCCAGUCCUUUUUCCAUCCAACUUCAUCUAGAAUUGUUGAAUGAGUUUCCUGUAAACAAUAGAUAUUAUAUUCCUUCUCUUUGAGCCAUGUAAAUAUUGUUAUUCUUUUGUUAUUAUCUGCUAAGCCAUUACAAUUAUAACUGGCUAUACUUAUGUCACCACAUACCAUAAUGGGAUACACGUUUCAAAUCUAUUUAUCAUUAUAUAUGUUUGUAAAUUUACCAAUAAAAAAGACCAUAGCGACUGACUGUCCAUAUAGCUGUACCGUGAUAUUUGCAUUGCUACUAGGUAACCCUCCAAUUCUUCUCCACUAAUUCCCCCGCUAAAGCCCCUCCCCAUCCCAAGUUGAGCCGUCAUCCCAGUGAUCAGCAUCCCCCCCACGUCCCUCCGUAUCCCUAGGGCCCCGAGAGGCCAGGACCCAUCCAUCGAAAACAGCACACAGUGCCACCCACAAAACAGAAGCAGGGCAACCACCAAAAGCAUUUCCAAUGCUCUCACCUCAAUAUAUAUAUAUAUAUAUAUAGCUAUUUAAAAAUAUAUAUCCAUUAAAAUAUCUUGCAUAUCUUAUUUUCCAUCAUUAGCGAUUAAUAUGCGUAAUAAUGUCGGCAGUUCAUGCGUAGGAUUUUAACCUAUAACCCGGAUUGUCAUUGUAUUACAUUACAUUUUUGACAAGCAAUUAUUAUUUUAGCAAAUAAUUAUUGUGGUUCAUCCUAUAUUCUCCCUAACAUCCUUACCCCCUUGCAACAGAUGUGGGAUAAACACACACGCACAUACUCUAACACACUACGAAUGCAUAUACAGUUACAGCUGUUUGAGAAAGCAUACAAUAUUGAGCAAUACAUUGACAACAAUGUGAGAUUUGAUUAAUCUAUUUAAUCUAUGUCAAGUCCUAGGUGAUGGAGAUCAGAUCCACCCUCUUCCCCUGAGACACAAACACUCUGGUCCCCCGUUGUAACCAUUUUUCCCAAGCAUCUCUGUGCAGUCAGACCUUUGAUUAUUUUGUGCCACCAGGGCCACAAUAAUAUUCCCCCUCUCUGAUUGUCCGAGUGUGACCCCCUCCCCAUGGGUUACUGCAGCCAGUGUUGCCAGCACUGCCGCUACCUGGGUGGGGGUACCCCACCGGAAUCCCCACCGGCUAAGUACAAGGUCGUCAAGGUUCUCAUUAGCAGCUUUGAGAAUUUCCUUGAAUAUUAUGCUCUCCCAUCAGGGGGCUCUGGCUUUGUAGGACCAACCUUAUAUAUUAAUAUAAGGGCAACUUUUUGGCUUUUCCUUGGUAGCUUAUCACAGAUAGACAAAUACAAAAUAAAUAAAAGACAAUGCAUGACAAGAACAUUGUUCGUCUAAUAGAAUCAGUCAAUCAGGCACUUAUGAGUGUCAGUUGGUGCGUGUGUGUGUGUGUGUGUGUGUGUGUGUGUGUGUGUGUGUGUGUGUGUGUGGUGUGUGUGUGUGUGUGUGUGUGUGUGUGUGUGUGUGUGUGUGUGUGUGUGUGUGUGUGUGUGUGUGUGUGCGUGUGAGUGCGUGUGAGUGCGUGUGAUGUGGGGCUGAAGCUGCUGACCCAAAGCUAGGCUCUCUCACUCCUCCCAGUCUUUUGGGAGGGAGGGUGGACAAUGAGCAUUUUUAUUGGAUGUAAGCAAUGUCCCCACACUCUCUGGCAGCUUUCAUGGCUGGAAUAGGCUAUUUCCGCCUCUAGCGCUCAGCUUCCGAGUAGUCCUCGUUGAGGAAGAUGUUGGUUCCUCUCAAGUUUUUGGCUCUCUCCAGAACAGCCAUCUUGUCCUUUAACCUUAGGAAGUUGUCCACUAUCGGCCUGGGUCUGUCACCUGACCACUAUCGGCCUGGGUCUGUCACCUGACCACUAUCGGCCUGGGUCUGUCACCUGACCACUAUCGGCCUGGGUCUGUCACCUGACCACUAUCGGCCUGGGUCUGUCACCUGACCACUAUCGGCCUGGGUCUGUCACCUGACCACUAUCGGCCUGGGUCUGUCACCUGACCACUAUAACUCAGACCAGUUCUCAUGUGAAGACUCUGGUAUGCCAUCCACAACUAUGUUAUUCUUCCUGGAUUAUCCUUCUAAAUAGUCUGUUUUCCAAGGCAUUGUUAAUAAUGAUUCACAGACAGUGCUGAUGUCAUCUCGCGGGAACUUACAGUUUGUUGUCAUAUUGCUGUAAGUCUCUGUCGGGACAUCCACCUCUACUUGGGAGAAUUACAAACUGUUCUUAAGGUCCUGGACCUCUCUGGUCAGAUCGUCCAUUAUUUUGUUAGUUGACUCUAUCAGUCUAGUUUAAAAGAACCUUCACCUGUGAUAGAGAAACAAUAUCCUCUCAGUUACUUUGGUUGUGGAUGUCAUGGUAGCGAUGCAGGCUAACACUGGUAAUAAUAAUAAUAAUAUGCCACUUAGCAGUCACUAUUAUCCAAAGCGACUUACAGUCAUGCGUGCAUACAUUUUUGUGUAUGGGUGGUCCCGGGGAUCGAACCCACUACCCUGGCGUUACAAGCGCCGUGCUCUACCAGCUGAGCUACGGAGGACCGGUACCCCACGCAAUUCCAGACAGGUCAGGUGGCAGGGCAGAUGGAAACAGCAACAAACAGCAGGGAUUUAGACAGCCACAAGCCCAGGACAAUCCGCUGUCCCAGCUACAUUCCCUCCAGAUUACUGGCCUGGAUGACAAAGUGAAAGAAGAAAGCCUGUAUUAAAAAAAGCUAUACUGCAAGACAACACGGCCAAGACAUUAACUUUUUGGGAUUCAAUUAAAAACUACAGGUUUGGGUCAAAUCCAAUACAAAACAACACAAUGUUGUUGAUCCCUUUGUAUCGUUAAGUAUUGUAGUGGCAGCAUCAUGUUAUGGGUAUGCUUGUAUUCGGGCAGGGACUUGGGAGGUUGUCAGGAUCGAAAUAAAUAUGAAAGGAGCAAAGCUCAGGUAAAAUGUUAGCGUGAAACCUGCCUCAGUCAUCUGAAAAUCGUGGGAUAGAGUUUUAUAUUUCAACGAGACAAUUAUACAAAUGUUCAUCCUUAAAAUUAAAAUUAAAAAUCAAAUGUAAUCCUUUUUAGAUGUAAUUUUAAGGUAGAAAAAUGUGAAGGCCGUGCAAGGGGUGUGUAUACUUUCACUAGGCACUGUGUAUCAUUAUCACACACACUAAUGUAAAUGAAACUUGUGAAUGGUUUGGCUAUUAGAUUCCUUAUCUUCUUUAUAAGAAAAAUUCAUCCAUUCUAGAACCUAAUGGAAUUGUGGUAGUUCUAGAAUUGGUUGUAGUUCUAAAGUAGAAUUCCAUACCAGUUCUGGAAUCAUUUCAUAUUCCGUGGUUCUACAGGACCAGCAGCUUGCAGUGUUUUCAUCUUCAGGGGAAGGAUUCAUAGCUUGGAUUAGAUGAAAUCUCAAUGUACAUAAAUCUUUUUCAUCAAGGCUUUCUGUCUACGUCAUGAUAUAAUCUUUAAUCAAGUAAAUUAAUCUAGUAGGAUACUCCUAUCUGUCCCCACUUUAUCCCAUAGCCUCCUCAUAUCAGUCAGACACUGGUUUAUAAAACCAAUCUCUCUUUCAUUCAGAUACCCAGAUAACCUGCGGACAAGGGGGGUGCUGUGACCGUUUUAGAUUAUGAAAAAUACAAAGAAGAGAUUCAGAGACAACUCAGUAACAUAUGUUUCUAUAGAAAACUGAGUGUUGAUCCCACACAGGUGUUUCAAAGGGAUAUUAGCUCUAAUCUGGAGCAAGCCCUAUUAAAGAACCUAAUCUCAAAACCUGAAUAUGAAUACCUUUGCUGCAAAUGUGCCAUACGUCCAUGCCUGUACAUUUUGCCGAAAUUACACAAACCUAAAAACACAACAAGGCAAUUAACCAGGCAGACCAGUGGUUGCAGGAAUAAGCUCAAUGUUAGAGCAAUUGUCGAACUUCGUAGACUCUUUCAUUAAAUCUCACGUACAAGCAUUGCCAUCAUAUGUGAAAGACUCUAUAGACUUCAUAAACAAGAUCUCACCAAUAACGGGAUUAGCAGAACACUGUAUUUUGGUCACACUAGUUGCUGAGAGUCUAUAUACCAGCAUUCCCCAUACGGGGGUUGAUGGCAGCCCUGGCUCACUUUUUGAGAGACCAAGAUACUAA